UCUCAUCACAUUACUCAUUUCUUUUAUUCAUACAUUCUCAUUGAGCCAUAACUAAAUUUCAAACACAAUGACAGACUGGGCUCCAACCACUUCCGAGGAGCAACUUUUGAUUCUCAAGGACGCGGCACUUGACUUUGCACUGUCUCACGGACUUGUCGUUCGUCCUCCUCCUCCUCCCGUGACAGCAGCAACAUCCAUUUCAAACAUACAAGAGGCUGAGGGUGUUAUCAACGCUCCUGUCUCACUCUUCCCUUCUCCUUUCCCUAAAGCUGCGUUCGAUAAUGCGGUCAAGAUUCAACCCUUGUUCAAUCAGCUCGUGCAUGAUAUCUCUGAGGACGAUGAGUUCCUGAAAGAAAUUAUGGAAAGUCUGUCAACUGUGGAUGACUUUGUCAGCCGUCUUUACAAUCUUUAUAUUACUGUCAAGAAACGGGGCAUCACUCAGCCUGCAUCGUUGGGAAUUCAUCGAUCUGAUUAUAUCAUCAAUUUGAAUCCAGGACAAGAUUUCUCGGAUGCAAAGAUCAAACAAGUGGAAUUGAAUACUAUCUCUGUCUCGUUCGGAAGUUUAUCAUCAUUGACAGGAGAUCUUCAUCGGUACUUGCAUGCUACCACUGGAUAUCUUACAGACAAGGUGGACAACUCAAUGCUUCCGAGCAGUGAUUCGAUUUCUUCAAUUGCCUCAGGACUUGCAUCUGCUCAUGAGCUAUAUGGAUCGAAAACUGCCAAGGUCAUGAUGGUGGUGCAACCAGGAGAGCGCAACGCGUUUGAUCAGAGAUGGAUUGAAUAUAAUCUUUUGAAAAACCAUGGAGUAGUGAUGAUUCGCAGGACUCUUGCAGAGAUUGCUGAGCAAGGUAGUUUGCAUCCGGAGACCAGUGCACUUUAUAUGGGCGAUCAAGAGGUCUCGGUUGUAUAUUAUCGAUCAGCAUAUGCUACUACCGAUUACCCUACUGAAAAGGAAUGGGAAGGAAGAAUGCUUGCAGAAAAAUCAUUGGCCAUCAAGUGCCCUACAAUUGCCUAUCAACUUGUUGGAGUCAAGAAGGUUCAGCAGGUUCUGGCUGCACCAGGACAACUAGAGCGCUUUGUCAAGGAUCCUGCUGAUGCUGCUCUGCUGCGUGCAUCAUUUACAGGACUGUAUCCCUUGGAUAGCUCUCCGGAGGGAAUUACUGCAUAUGAGGCUGCCCUUGCCAAUAGUGACGAGCUAGUGAUGAAGCCUCAGCGUGAGGGAGGAGGGAAUAAUAUCUAUGGGAAGGAUAUCCAGAAGGUGUUGAAGGAACUUACUCCGGAACAGAGGAAUGCAUAUAUCUUGAUGGACAUUAUCCGUCCUCCUAUUACGAAGAAUGUUUUGUUGCGAAAAGGCCAACUGCUGCGAGCAGAUGUUGUGUCGGAAUUGGGUAUUUAUGGGAUCUAUCUACAUGAUGGUAAAAAAGUGGUGCGAAAUGAUAAUGGUGGACAUUUGCUCCGCACCAAAGGUGUAGAGAGCAAUGAAGGAGGUGUUGCUGCUGGAUUCGCCGUCAUUGAUUCUGUAGUGCUACUCUAAUAUAUUAAAAACAAAUAAAAACAAAUAG